ACUACGUGUGUAAUUUUCAUUUACUCCAUAGAUAAAAUGAAAAUGACAAAACCCAGAUUAUUACGCAGUUCUCUGUGUCACGUGACACAGCUUCUGCCUCCGAGAUCAGCAAAUUGGAUGAAAGCCUUACAUUUAAUACAGUUAAGGCAUAUUUUGUACAAGUUGUCUAAAAAUUGUUAUAAAACCACUCCGUUAUCUUGCCUGUUUUUAUUUUAGGGACAUGUCGUUACGGCAGCAUGAACUUUCCGUCCGACUACCUGCGUAGCGUUUUAAGUGUCUCUAUUUCAUAGAGGAACUAACACUCUGAAUUCUUCCUUUUUCAUUUAUAGUUCAUAUAUAUUGCUUUCUUACUUGCUGCCUGUUAUAUAGUUCAAGUAUUUUGACGAUGUCAUAUAUUUAUAGUAAAAGACUAACCGUUAAUUUAAAUGCGGCAAAUUGUAGUGGUGUCGAAUUAACAUUUUUAUUAUUAGAAAAAAAUAUUCUAAAGGUGAGUUUUCUUUUGCUACGUAUUACUGCCUUAGGAAAGAUGCAACGUCUACGGAUCUAGUUAAGUCUUUGCUGUAUAGAAAAACAUCUCCUGACCAUUUUAGGUACGAAUAAUUUACUGAUUGGACCAGUUUCCAUUUAAUGGUCGGUUUUUACGAGGGAAGCAGAUUGUGUUAUUUUUCGUGAGUCAUGUGAGUGCUGAGAUACAAUAAAAAGUUGUAGAUUCGACAACUUUCAUCGCUAUGUCGCACGGACAUGGCGGAGCGGCAUUUGUUAUUCAUAUAAUCACUUUAUCCAUUAGUUUAUGUUUGUCGUUUCAUGUUUAAAAUAGCAAUUUCAUGCAAUUUAUAUGGUUCGUGCAAUCUACACGACUAAUCCGGUUAUAGUGUAAAUGAAGAUUAAUCGUAAUUCACACAUAGGGGGAUGUAAGCCGCUUGACAAGGACAUUUCUGCAUGUUUCAUGAGGCUGCUGUGACUUGCAGGUCCAGCAGUAUACGGAGCCUUGCCUGGAGGAACAAAUACAAUUAUUUUAUGACUGUAAGCAUCGUUUGAUAUCUUGGGCCCAGAGAAUUACUAUUUGUGGGAUCAUUCUUGUUUACCUGAUCUAAAUUAAAUUACUAGGAUAAAUAAAAAAGUAAUUUCCCCUUGUUAAAAAAAUUAAUGCACCAAUUAGAUGCAAAUAAUCAUUUAUGAUCUGGACUAAAUAGACUGUAGAAGAUGGGAGGUAUUGAUUGUACAUUUAAAUCAGUUUAUAUUUUCCAAGAUAUUAUUUGCUGUGGAGAGCACAGUCCUGGAAGUCCUGGAAAAAUUGAUAUGAUUCCUAAUUAGGAUUCAAUUCGGUUGCGGAGAGUAAGUCAUAUUGAUCAGAGGACGAAGAGAAGAUGCCUGAAUCCCGUUGAUGGCUGGUAAAAACCCCCGGACACACCUCUGCACACACACUAACGGCUUUCUUCGGUGAGAGCUAGUAACCGUCUCGGGCUGGAUCUGUAUGGAUGGGAAUGGGGAAGCCAGCUGCCGGUUAUAGGGACACACAGCUGUCGUGGAAGUGGGUUAUCAUUGGAACAGUCCUGCUUGAUCACGUGUGCCGUUCCCAAGCCACUGCCCAAUGUCGAAUCCUGAGGUGUAACUCGGACUUUGUAGCUGCUCUCGGGCCUGACGGGGGCCGAGAGGGAGGCAGCGCGGGUUACUGCAGUGCCCUGCGCUCCUAUGCCCUGUGCACCCGUCGGACGGCGCGGGCGUGUCGGGGUGACCUGGCCUACCACUCAGCCGUGCAGGGUAUCGAGGACCUCCUCAUGCAGCACAACUGCCCCAGGAGUGGCCCCACCGCUCAACCCCGCCCCCUGCCCCAGGCGCCUCUGUCUGGGGAUGCCUGCCUGUACGAGAGGACCUUCCGGCAGCGGGAAGGCCGCCCCCCUGAGUACCUGCACUGUGGCGUGUUUGGGGACCCACACGUACGCACCUUCCUGGAUGACUUCCAGACGUGUGCCGUGCAAGGUGCCUGGCCCUUGAUGGAUAACGAGUUCCUGUAUGUCCAGGCCACCAGCACCCCCAUGGCAGGGAGGAUGUACGCCACAGCGCUCACAAAGAUCACCAUCAUCUUCAAGAACUGGCGCGAGUGCAUCGAGCAGCAGAUCUACCAGGCCGAGCUGGACAAUGUACCGCUGGCUUUCGUCGACGGCUCUGUGAGCGACGGUGAGCGACGGGGUCACCACAGCCUGCAGGUGAGCAGCCAGGACCCCGGACGUCACGCUGAGAUCUGGGCUGCCCACAUCGGAACCACCCUGGUGGUCAGGCAGAGCGGGCGCUCGCUGGGCCUCUCUGUGCGCGCCCCCCUGGCCAUCGUAAACUCCUUCACGUCAGAGCAGGACCUGCAGCUGUGCGUCUGGGGGUGUCCCGCUUCCCAGCGGCUCCCGGCCCCCCACCUGUCUGCACCUGCAGCCGCCCAUGCCCACUGCUCCACCCUCCUCCCCGAACAGGAUAUAUACUUCCAGGCGUGCUUGUUCGACCUCCUGGUGACUGGUGACCUAAACGCAAGUGCCGCUGCCGUGACAGCGCUGGAAGAUGCCCGCGGCAUGAUCUCAGACCCCGAGAAAGUGCAUCUGCUCCUAGGUGGGGCUAACAGACACCCGAGUCCCAUCUCAGUGACUCUCACUCUGGCUGUUCUCACGGGCAACAUGGUACCUCUGCUGUCUUUGCAUUGUGCAUAAUCUCCCACUAAACCAAAUUCACUUCCUAUUUCCUCCACCACUUCCUGCCAACAAGAGAUUUCGUCAUAGACAAUUUUGUUCUUCUUCAUUGCAUUUGCAUUAUUUAUUAAUAUUAUUAUUACUUGCAUUCAGCUUAGUGUGAGGCAUCUCAUCCAAGGUGCUCCACUGCUCUACACUGCCAAAGAUCUGUUCCUGCCCCCCUCCCCCCCCCCAAUACUAGUUAAAUGGUCGCAAGAUGGAUGGAUCGGCCCAGUCUGGUCCUCUUGAAAAACUUGAGAAUUGCAGAUUUGCCUGCAGUCCCUUGGGAACAGCGAAGAGCAUGUGCAAGGAAAGGAGACACAGAAGGAACAUGCGUUUGCUCAAACUCCCUAAGAAAAGUCCACGAGGGCUCAACUGUAUUUUCCGUGUGACGUACAUCUUGUACGUGUCACUGUAAGGCUGGGACUCAAGUGCACGCAGUUUCUACAGCAUGCUUAUGUUCUCAGGCCAGGCCUUGGGAAUUUUCAAGGGCCAACGUGAAGGAGACUCUGCCUUUUGACCGAAUGUCAAAAGUACAGCAGUUGAUGGUGUAAAUACAUAAAGUAUGUACAGUGUCAUUUUGCAGGUUCGUCUUUUACGCAUGUCUGUGUGUAUUUAAGAUUAUUUUAUAGAAAUGUAAGUAAUUUUGGUAUAUACAGAAUAAAUCUGGCUUUUGUGUCUGGCCCUCGGGCCCCCAGGGAAUCAUUUUUAACCUGUACUGGAACGUUUUAAUAUCGUUUAUGUGUAUUAGGCUUCUGUGGUGACAAUCUAUCUGUGAGUAAAUAGUACAGCACGGCUGUGUCUAAAUCCAAUAUAUGCGAUAAGUGACUCACAGAAAUUUUCAGCAUCCAUGUCUAAAUAUUAUAUAUAAUGUACUUUGAUUAUAUAAAUGAACAAACUCUGGUGAUAGCUGAUGAGAAUAUUUAAAAUGAGUUUACUCAAAAGCAGAUAUUAAAUAUGUGUGUUUAUUAAUAAAUGGCAACGAACAGUG